AUGUUUGCAAAGUUCAAGUCCAAGAAACCAGCUGCUGUUGCUACUGCUGCACCAGCAGGUUCUUUAAAAAAACAAAAGCCUAUUGCAGUUAAUGAAAGUGACAGUGAUGACGAUCAAGAUGAAAAGUUUAUUGUGUCGGAGACAAUUGCUGCCAAUCGUAAGAAUAAGAAGUCUGGUGGUUUCCAGUCAAUGGGUCUUAGUAAUCCUGUAUUCAAAGCAAUCAUUCAUAAAGGCUUCAAAGUACCUACACCAGUGCAGCGUAAAUGUAUACCAUUGAUUCUAGAAGGAGCCGAUGUCGUUGGUAUGGCACGUACUGGUUCUGGUAAAACAGCUGCCUUUCUGAUUCCGAUGUUAGAAAAGCUCAAGUCCCAUUCAGCAAAGACAGGCUCUCGUGCCUUGAUCUUAUCACCUUCUCGUGAAUUAGCUCUUCAAACACAAAAAGUGUGCAAAGAAUUGUCUAAAUAUACCGACCUUCGUAGUGCUUGUAUUGUAGGUGGUGACAAUUUAGACGAACAGUUCGAAAUGAUCGCAUCCAACCCAGAUAUUUUGAUUGCAACACCAGGCCGUCUUCUACAUUUGGCAGUGGAAAUGAAUCUGGAUUUGGUAACAGUAGAAUAUGUUGUUUUUGAUGAAGCAGAUCGUUUGUUUGAAAUGGGUUUUGCUGUUCAACUACAUGAAAUCCUCUCUCGUUUGCCGCCCAGCCGACAAACAUUAUUGUUUUCAGCUACAUUGCCAAAAUUGUUGGUCGAUUUCGCUAAAGCAGGUUUACAGGAACCCACAUUAAUCCGUUUGGAUGUGGACACUAAGAUCUCCCGUGAUUUGGAGAUGGCAUUUUUCACUGUCAAAGAUAACGAAAAAGAAGGUGCACUGCUUUAUUUAUUGAGAAAUAUUAUCAAAUUACCCAAGAAAACUCAAGUGGCUGCAGAUGACGCUAAUGAUAGAAAAAAGAACAAGAAAAGAAAACCUACAGAAGUUGAACAUCAGACGAUUAUUUUCACAGCAACGAAGCAUCAUGUAGAAUAUUUGGCAACUUUAUUAGAGAUGGCAGGUUAUCAGGUCUCUUAUGUAUAUGGUUCUCUGGAUCAAACAGCCCGUAAUAUUCAAAUUAACCGCUUCCGAAAUGGCAUGACCAAUAUUCUGGUUGUCACUGAUGUAGCUGCUCGUGGUAUUGAUAUUCCCAUCCUUGAGAAUGUGAUCAAUUAUGAUUUUAGUGGAUCUUCGAAGGUGUUUGUUCAUCGUGUGGGCCGUGCUGCGCGUGCUGGUCGCCGUGGUUGGGCCUACUCCCUUGUGACGAACGAGGAACUUCCAUACUUGGUAGAUCUUCAUCUCUUUUUGAGUCGUUCGCUUGUCCUUGGUGGCGAGAAAGAGAGAGAAGAUUAUGAUUACACUUCGGAACUUGUCUUGGGUACUCUUCCCAAAGAUGCUGUGAUAGACGACAAAGCCUGGGCAGAAGAUAAAGUUACAAAAGAUGCUGCUCUUGAAGGUACUUACCGUACUGCCGUAAAUGCGUAUAAACUUUAUAACAAAACGAAACCCAAGGCCUCUCCAGAAAGUUAUACCCGUGCUAAAGAGAUUGUAAAAAAGCUCAAUUACAGCAAUCUUCAUCCACUUGUUUUGGACGACGUGAAUCAAAGCACUGCAGAAAUUGAACGAUUGAAUAUGAUCAACGCAAUCAGUGGGUUCAGACCUGCAGAAACCAUUUUUGAAGUUGGUGUACGUGGUACAAGAAAAGUUACGCCAGCCACCGCAAUGAUGAGAGACCGUCGACAAACAGUAGAUAAGAUCAUAUCGGCACAUAAAUCACAGAAAGAGGCCGAAUUACAAAGAUUACAGAAGCCUGUUCCUGUACGUGACGAGAAAAAGACAAUCGAAAGUCUUGGUGGCAUCGUAGAGGAAGAAGAAUUAGAAAAAGCCUUCAAUAUACCAAAAUCGAAAGAAGAAGAUAAAAAGAAAAACAGCUAUCGUGAUGAAGAGUACUAUUUGUCUUAUACUCAGAAGGAUGCAAAUACUGAACGCGGUUAUUCUAUGGCAAAUGAAGGCAGCUUCAUGGAACAAGCAGCCAAAGCUCAAUUAGAUUUGACGGGUGAUGAUAAUGAGGCCAUACAAAAGAGCAAGAAUAUGCUUCGCUGGGACUCAAAGAAAAGAAAGUUUGUUAAAGGUACUGGCAUUGGUUCGGAUAAUAAGAAGUUAAUUCGUACAGAAAGUGGUGCCUUGAUUUCUGCCAGUUACAAAAGCGGCAGAUUCGAUGAAUGGGUCAAGAAGAAACAUAUUACAUUACCACGUGCAGGUGAACAAGAAUUGGCAAGUGCACGUAACUUGGGCAAAAGACGCUUCAAACACAAUAAAGUGGAGGAAGGCAAGCCUUUGGAUCCUCUUGCUUAUGAUUACGAGAAGAAGUUGAAGAAACGAAAGACAAACGAGGCUGAAACAGCAAGCACAGUCGAUAAGAGUGGUUUGGGUAAGAAGCAAGUGGGUGUACAUGCAAAGAGCGAACUGAAGAACGCAAGUCAGAUUAGAAAGGAACGUAAAGCAUACGAAAAGAGGAAAGAAAAAUCCACGCGUCCUUCAAAGAAGUUUAAAGGCAGUAGACGUCAUUAA